AUGUUCCCGUACAUUAGUGCUAGCUCAGGUGACCACGAAUGGGCCACCACCCGCUUUUUGGCCUGUGGUACUUUCACCACAGAGGCUAUCCUUCUUCUCCCCUUAGGCGUAGGUAUUACCGGUCAUCUUCAAGUCAUCGAUCUCGUCAACGUCGGAGAUCGUCUGACCCGCUCGCCCAAACAUGGAACCGACCUCGGACCUCCUAUCAGCGGUUUUGUCAUGGUCUGCCAAGUCGUCUUUACCAGUAUUGAUAUCUUCAUCGGUGUUACAGUCGGGCGCCAUGACUGGGCGGAGCUUCUCCGGGCUCAUAUCGCAUCAGGCUCCUCAACUCCGGGUUCGUCUGACUAUUUUGGACACUAG